AAAAAACAAACAUUUUCACUUCCCUCCUCAUUAUAAAUAAAUGCACUCCCUCCUUUGGUCUCUUUCUUACAGAGCUAUCACAAUGGACACGGUCAUUUCCCUUCUUGUUAUUUCUACACUCGUGCAGCAUGUAGUACCUGAGGUUGAGCUUGACGCCAACUUCAGAGCUGUAGCAGAGAGGGUGUCAGGGGACUCGAGGAUCUUCUCUGGGGAGAACAUCCGGCUGAGAUGCAGCAUUCCUGACGUCCACAGGUUCACAUGGAAUUACCAGUGGUUCAGAGGGUCUGAGCAGCUAGCGCAGUCCGGGGAUCAACUAGUUCUGUGGAAAGCCCGGGUAAAAGAUAGUGGAAAAUUUUAUUGCAGGGGAGUGAGAGACUCACUGGUGGGAAACAUACACACCCCCCAAAGUCUGCCUGUGGAGAUCGAUGUGGAUGGAGGAUGGGCGAUCCUGCAAGUCCCACCGCAUCCUGGCCUUGUUGGAGAAACCUUAAAGGUCACGUGCCGUGUCCGAGACAACCCCCCGCUUAAUGAGGUGGCAUUGUACAAAGGUGAUGUUGAAAUUAUCAGACAAAACGGCCUCAACCAACAUUUUUACCUGACCAACUUAAACCUCGAGGACCAAGGAAUGUAUUCUUGUCGGGCUUCCUGGGACGCAGAUCGACGUACGCACUCUGUAAUUUCAGUUGAGGCUUCAGUGAAGGUCUUAGAGGUUCUGACGCAGCCAGUUUUGGAGAUUGUCGCAGACGACAACCUGGUCCCAGCGGAAAUGAUCAAACUCAUCUGCCACCUCCAAUACAGCGCCCCCGCUCCUGCCCCUCCGAUACACUACUAUUUCUACAAGAAUAACAACCGACUGGGAACCGCCACCUCAGUGAACCAUGAUCUGGUCAGACGGACACCAGGCCAAUACAGCUGCAGGGCCAAGGUGCCUCAGUUGCAAGUCUCCAGGUGGAGUGAGACCAAAAGCUUUGGACAAGAGACAGGACGACCAACGCCUCCAAUUCCUCAUCCCAGACAUCAGUGGUCUUUUGCUCCCCUAGUCGCAUUCCCAGACCUCUCCCUGCCACUUGCAGCUGGCCCAACAGCAACCCGGCUCCCCCCUUACCAAUCAACCGAAGCUCUCACUUUCACUCAUCCUACUGAAUUGAGCACCCAAUCCUCAGAUCCUCCGCUGAAGCUUUCACAGCCUGCUCCAAGCUCCCUGCUAUCUCCGACCCAGUCCACCAACCAAGCGGCCGCUGCUACCAGAGAUGAACCUACUGUCACUUCAUCUCACCAACCUGACGACGGGUCUGGAGAAUCUGGUGACCUGGCCGAAGACUCCGGUGACAUGUCUGGGAGAUCUCCAUACUCUGUCAUCUAUUAACAAGUUAUCUUACAUUGUAGACUUGCAUGAAUUAAUUAUCUUAAAUCUGAUUAAUGAGGCGCAGCCUUAUUAGUACUUGGGCAUUGUAAUGCCACACCAAGUGUCAACUUCUGCAGGAAACUAACUGGAUCAGAAGUGUUGGGUAUACUAACUAAUGGUUGAAGCAAAUAAAGCAUUCCAUAAAUCAUA